AAUUAAAACCAGACGUGCACCGAUCGCGUGUCAGUCGUAAAGCAGUGAAAACAUAGUUCAGCAUACAUUUUAUACAUGGACAAAAUGCAUCGGUUUUUAACACACAUAUUUUUAUUUUUAUGCCUGACGAUAUUUUUAAGCGACAGCGGGCAGGUAAGGCAGUUUAAGGCCGGAAUUAAGAAACGUACAGGGCCUCUUGAAGACCGUGACGAUAGCAAUGAUCUCCUGAUAACAAAGAAAGCUUGGUUUGAACUUGAAAUUGACGACAUGCCAGUUGGGAGAAUUGAAAUCGGUCUUUUCUGUGAAACUGUUCCUAUAACAUGCAACAACUUUGCCGCUCUGACGAAGGGAUUUGAACGAAGGGGACAAUUCCUUACCUACAAAAACACGAUAUUCCACAGGGUUGUCAAAGAUUUUGUCAUUCAGGGUGGUGAUGUCACUGAAGGAGAUGGAAGUGGAAGUAUCAGCAUCUAUGGGAAAUCAUUCGAUGACGAAAACUUCUUUCUCAUACCCUAUGGUCCGGGUUACGUUGCCAUGGCGAACACUGGACCUCACACAAAUGGAUCACAGUUCUUCAUCACACUAGUAAAAGCAAGAUGGUUGGGCGGUAAACACGUGGUAUUCGGAAAAAUUAUCAAAGGCAUGGAUAUCAUUGAACGUAUCGGUGAACUUGACACAGACGAAUACCAUUUUCCUAAGAAGAUUGUUCGUAUAAUUGACAGUGGUAUUCAACCAGUAAUCGAGCCUUUCUUGGUCAGCAAAGACGAAUAAUUAUUAUAAGUUUGUAUCAUGAAAUGAUACUGCAAUAUCAUUGUUAUUUUAUUAUGCUUGAAUACAACUUAAUUUGAAUAAUAAAGAAGAUCUUAG